AUGGAUAUCCGUCCUCUAAGCGACAAGAAGUCCAAGAUUGUCGCUGCCAACGCAGCGCUCAAGAAGGAAGGGCUGGAAGACUUUGUGGGGAUCGGGAUAACUUUCAAGCAUGACAAGACAUCAAGACAGUUCAUCGUCACGCAGGCUGCCGACCUGGUCCUGCACAGGCACGGCCCAUCCAAGGCGAUCUUGUUUCCCGGCGACAUCAUCCUAGCGGUGGACGGUUUCAGCUUGGAAGGAAGUGACUCCAAGGACGUCAGCAAACUGAUUCUGGGUCUUGAAGGGACAGCGGUGGAGCUGUUGAUUCGAAGCAUGAAAGACGACGUGGAGAGAGUGGUGAAGCUGUUGAGGGCUCCAGUGACGCACUCCCAGUCGUUCUCGCCGACAAUCUCCAGAAGCUCUCGAAGCUCUCCCUCUCAUUCAAAGAUCCCCAAGAAGAAGGAGGAGGAGGUCAGGUCCAAAGCUGCCAUACUCCCGUCAGGCUUCUCCUCCCCGUCCGCUCCUGUGGAGAGCGUCCCCGAGGCCGAAGAGACCUUGUCGCCUCCUGCCAGCACUCCCACGCAGGAGUUUCGAUUCCCAGCAGCACAACAGGGCAGGGAGGGGGCGGGGGCGAGCGAGGACCAGGCCGUUCCUCACAGAGUCGACAUCGCCUUUGAGGGGUCGGCCAGACAUGCGAACCAUCAUGACCAGCACCUUCCUGCUCCCCCGGCCCCCGCCCCCUCGGCAGCGGAGGAGAACAAGGACAACGCCCUCUUGUUCCGCUGCGACUUCGGCUGCGGGUUCUCCGGGGACUACAACACAGUAGCGAGCCACGAGGAGUUGUGCCAGCACCGGACGGGAUGGCGAGCUGAACUAGCGGGCAAGGACAGAGCUCUCCCCUCUCCUCCAGCGCAGCCCAUUCUCAAGGUCGCCUCGCCUCCUCCUGCUCUGGUCAAGCCAGACAGCAGAAGGAGCGUACCCGCCCUUGUCCCCCAGCUGGACCAGGGCAGCCUCCGGAUCAGCGGCUCCAACAUCUUCUCGCAUCCUCCUACCAGCCGGUCGCCCGUCCUGCCUCCCCAAGCGAUGCAUGGCGAGCGAGUCCCGUCCAUGAGCGCGAGCAUGGACGCGCGGCCGUACAUGAGCGCGAGCAUGGAGAUUGGGAUGUCUCUUCCUCCAUCUUCCAGUACAAGAGCUCCGCAGAGCGGAGCUGCCGUCCAGCAGAGGCUCUACGACGUUCCCAUCCAGGCCGUGCAGGAGGUCCAGCUCAGGGCACAGGGGCAUCACGUGGUGCCGGCACAGGGGCAUCACGUGGUGACGAGUGCAAGGUCUGCUCCCUCCGACAGUGGCAAGCCCAGCCAGUACUUCGCUGACCGGGUGAACUGGAGGAUCCAACGGCAGGAGGAGGAGGAAAGCAAAUCGAAGAUGCCGCCUCCUGCUGCCCAGCAACCGUCCAGGGAGGAGGUCAAGUACAAGAGCUUGGACGGGAACCAUUUGCUCAGGGCCUUGGCUUCCGAAAAGGUUGUGUCCUCCGUGGACCCGGACGGAAUCCCCCACUUCCGUCCUCGCGCAGCCCCGCGCGACGUCCCUCCUCGGCCCGAGUCAGCCCUGUCGCACUCCCGUCCCCUCACAUACGCGCCCGACGAGCCGGUCGGAGGUGCAGGAGCAGCGAGGCACUUGGCGCACGUCCACUCGGCCCAGCCUCACUUGGUCUCGCACCCGCAGGAUGCGGCAGGUUUCGAGCCGCACUACAUGAGGUUCGGCCAGCUGCCGGUCAUUGACCUGAGCAAGAACUUACCCUUCUUCGCACACCCGCAUCAUGCGCUGCCCUCCAUCGUCCAGAGGAAGUGA